AUGCACACCUUCCUACGGAUACGUCCCCCUUCCCCCUCGUCUUCGAAAGCUCCACAAUGCAUACAGUGUGUGGAUGUGAGUCCUUCUUGCCCGCUGCUGUCGCGGGCCCAGUCCAUAGCAGAAGUAACCGCUGUAGAGGGUGCACAACAGUUCCAUGGAUCGCUCCCGACUGGAUCAGCCGUGGAAGGCAUCAUAAAACGAGGGUAUACCGGGUCACCACGGUCCCUUACAUGCACAGGAGAUAAGCUGAAUGGUCUGAAAGGCGUCGUAUCGCUUGCCUCAGGGAGGAGCCGGGCCCAUACAAAUCUUUCUGAGAAAGAGGCAGAAAACUGCCUUAAGAACUUUCAGAACCCCCAAACCAGAAUAAUUUGUACUCAUAUUCCUUCUGUGCAUCGUGCAGCAUCAGUUGUAGUGCUGCCACCGCUUGGGUCCAAGCCCACUAACACAUGGAGAAAAGCUGAAAGACCUGCCUCGAGGGUCAGCCAAAGCAGGCCACAACAUGAAGGCUCUCAAAUUUCAUCUGUGCAGUAUGGCUCGAAAGUGCAGAAGCCCAAGUUGACCACCACAACCGCUUCUGUGGCAGCUCCGCCACGCCACCAACGCUCAGAGCAGCCGGCAUUUUGUCCCAGAUCUCCCUCGGGGCAAAAGGAUUACGAGGGCCCCUUUCGAUUCGGAGGAUUGCUGCUGCAGGACACAUCUCAGGAAACAGUGUUUCAGUCUGUAGGAAGACCCGCAGCAGACGCUGUGCUGGGGGGCGCCAAUGCUUGCAUCGCCAUGUAUGGAGCCUCGGGCAGCGGAAAGACGUACACGAUGGUGGGGCCCCACGGAAGGAACCCUAGUCAUUUUCACCGGUGCGCCAGCAGCAGGGGUGUUGAUGGCAGCAAAAAUUGGGGCCUUGCCUUGCGAGCACUGGAGUAUGUGAUGAAUGCUCUUGUAGCUGGGGAGAAAGAAGGGAUACCGCAAGGGCUAGUGACGUUCUCUGCUGCUGAGGUCUACUGCGAAAAGCUGAGGGACCUUUUGAGGCCUCCUGGCGACCUAAAAGAAAAUGCAGCUGUUCAGCAGAAGGGGUAUUCUUCGAAGAGCUUUACUGUGCCUCAGUGGCGUAGUGGAGGCUUUUCUGCUGUCUCAUCCGUUCGGGUUACUACGGCGGAAGAUGCUGUUGCCGCUGCAUUAAGGGCCCUCAGUCGAAGGGUCUGUCGUGCUACAGCUGCUAACCGUUACAGCAGUAGAAGUCAUGUUUUACUUUGUCUUUCCGUGAACCACCCGGAUACACAGAAAAAGAAGUCUUGUCUGUACCUGGUGGACCUCGCUGGUGCCGAGCGUCAGCCUUUGGAAUGCUGUGAUGCUCCUGACGGCGAAAACUCCUUAUACCCCUCACCGGCACCGUCAAAGGCCCUUCUUGCCCAAGAAGUGGGACCGUUUAGGAUAGCAAGUGAUCUGUCUAGCUCAGCUGGCGUAUUCAAGCUGAUGAGUAGUACUGACAAGAGCUCAUUGCAAUCCGGGCUCGGAACUGCCGAGGAGCCUCUUGAAGGUCCCUGCUCAAGCCGGUCUGAAACCAAAUACGGCCCCCAUGAUGGCUGUGGCCACGUUUCCAUGGUUUUUACCGUCAGCAGCAAAGCGGCUGACAGAAAUGCUACACUGCAGACCCUUCGCUUUGCUGCUCUUGUCAGCAGACUGGGACCAUUCUGCCUCAGCCCCUCCAGGAGGCGCAUCAGCAGCAACUGGGUCCCACCUGGUACUGCAACAAGACAAAGAAAAGGAUGCGAGCCACGAGGAAUAGCUGCCCUUGGAGCAGCAAGCGAUUCGGCUAAGGCAGCGACAGCGGCACCGAGUACGAAGCCACCAGGAGCCUCCUCAGCGACAAAAACAGUAGGAGAAGGUACUGAGGCAGUACGAAAACCAGAAGUGGCGGCAGUUGCAUCACGAUUUGGCGCAACUGUAGCCGCUCGGACAGCACCAGCAAGAAGUGGCGCAGCAGCAGGGACUCGGACAACAGCAGCAACCAACAUAGCCCAUGUUCCCCCCACGGAAAACACAGCUACAAAACCUACCAUUAAAACGCUCGCCUCGACCGGCAACAGGAUGGCUGUGCCAGUAGUCAAAGAUGAACCUAAGGCGGAGCGCCCUGUCAGACUGAGAAUUGCCAGAGCCAAAGUAUCAGCAGCGGCAAAGACAGGAAGCUCACGGUGGGCUACGGAAAACCCCCGGGGUUCUUCCGAUCCCUCCCUAAACUUUGUAUCUCUCAGCCGCGAACAGCCUCCUUGUGGAACAGCACAACAUCAGGUUUGUGGUGAACACCGAAAUGGCUUCCCUGGAGUCUUUUGUAUGGGGCCGCUUACGGCUCCCCGAAAAGCGGUCCAAAGAGAUUCAAGUGCAAAAGCUCCAGUGCAAAUAGCACCUAAAAUGGCAGAGCCACAGGCUUUGAAGUCCCAAAUAGUGACUUCAAAUGGGCGACGCCAACAGGAUACUUCCCCUCUUACCACCGAGGUAGAUUUCCGAAGAUGUCACUCAGAGCCUGCCCGCUGGAGAAAAAGGGUCAUUUGCUGCCACUGCUGCUGCUCUUACCGCUGCUGCUGCGGUGGGUGGGCAUACCACUCUCAAAAUCGAGACAUCAACAGGUGCAUUGCUGGCUAUGGAGACAACCGUGGAGCAGCAGCAGCAGCGUGGGCUGUGGCUGCUGCAGGCACGCCACCACAAAAAAGCUGUGCCCCUCUACAUAAGUGA